AUGUCAAGAAAUAUUAUGUACAAUAAUUAUCUAAGUUUAAACAUUCUAAAGCUCUUUAACGCCGUUUUAAGGUCUAAAACGCAGUUUCGUAGAGUUGUCAAAUUUGCCCAUAAUACUAUCAAUUCCUAUAGUACUGUAAAUUAUUAUGAUAUAAAGGAUAAAAGAGAUGCUACGGAUUCGUUAGGAUUUGAGGGAAAUGAUCUCAGAAGAACCUGGACCAACAGAGAUGACUCCACCUACAACCCAUUCAUCGACAUCAACAACACAAUUAAACCACCCGUAGUGGAGACUUUUAAAGUUUGUAAAGUAACAAAUGAACGUUUAAAGGUAAAUUUAUCCGUAAACACUCUCGAAAGUUAUGAGUUAGUCGCUGCUGUAACUCACAAUAUUCUUGGCUGCCCAGAAGAUUUUACCCUGAAUUCUCUCAGUAAUUACUUGGAAAAUGUUAAUUUAACCAAGUUAGAGAAUGAGAUAGAAUUGAAUUUGAUGAAAAAAAGGUUAAUUAAUAACCUCCAAUUGCAAUGGGAAAAGUUAAUAAAUUUGAGGAAAAUAACUUUAGAACACAAUGUCAUGUUGUUACUAAUUUUUGAUCAUCUUUCAGUACUAACGCAUGAGCUCAGAAAUUUGGUACAGUCACAGAUGUUACUUAACAUUCACAAGUUCACACCAGCACAAAUUAUUCACACAUUUCAAGUAUUCUCAAGACACAAGGAACGAUACAAAAGCUUUCUCAACCUCUUAUGUCUCAUCUUCUAUGAUCACAUGAUACCAAAUCUGCGUACAACACAUCCUGACUUAGCUCAGUCUUAUGAUCACAACGCCGUCAAGUUAUGCGAUGUGAUAAAAUUUUUAAAGGUGUUGGGUGAUUUUAAGUUUAAGAAAUUAACAGACGUUUUAUACGCUCAGGUUUUUGAUCAUUUUGAUUGUUUGAGUGUUGAGGAUUUGGUGUCAGUGGGUGAGUUAUUUUUCAAGCAUAAAAGGGACCCAAAUUUUGUAGAACUAUACACCAAAAUACAUUCAACUGUGUUUAACAUGAAGGAAUUGGAUUUCGCAAAUUUUGAACUGUACGCACUCGGUGGUGAGUCAUCCAAUGUACCAGAGAAUACUGUGGAGUUGGGUGAUGUUAGGGUCCUGAGGAGUAUAUUUGGAUGUAGAUCCGAAUUUCUAAUUUCCUCAGUGCAUCAUAGAAUUGAAUUUAAAAGGCUAUGGAAACACAAUAUUAACACUAAUAAUACGCCGUGGAAAUUAACAAACAGUGAGUCAUCCAGGAGUCUAGAAGACACUACUAUAAAUCACGUUUUACCUGGUAAAUUUGUAAGUUACAUGAAGAAUUUUGAGCAAUUGUAUGAGAAAAUUGAAAAUGUAGUCAUAAACAAGUUUAAGAUUCGGGAACACAAGUUUGACUUUGUUGCCAAUCUGAUAUCACUGGUGUCAGACUAUUCAAGAUACUCAACAAGUAAUGCCGUUAAAAUAUUACCCAAUCUCUACUCUAUCAUAGGGAAUAUCAGGGAUAAUAAUAUUAAGUUAAUUGAUGUCAGGAGAAUAGUUCCCAGUACUUUACGUGAAAAUUCGCAUGUUUUCUUUUAUAAAAUUGAUCCCCAAAAUUAUUAUUACAGGGUUGAACCUGGCCAUGAAGGAGUUAGAUACUACAAACCUGAAAUAACAAUUUCGUCACUAUUCCAAGGGAAUUCCAAUUUAUACUCGUUGUUACUCAAUUCCAUAGAGAAUAUUAUUGCUAAAGUGUUGGUGAGGGAUAAAAGGGAUUUGCUGGACUGUGUAAUAAUGGUGAGAGACGUGUUACAUCCUUUUUACUGUGUUAAUUCAUGCCAGAUGAAACCGUUUCUUACAAUUGAUCUCCUUCACAUGUGUGGAAAAUUAUGUGACAGGAAUGUUAAUCUCAUAGAGUUUGGUCAGGAGUGUGUUGUCACAGUGGAAAAUGUGCUUAAAAAUGGUCUAAAAACUAGAUUAAACAGAUUUACAGAAUUUUGUAUGGAAUUUAUUAAAAAUCAGCUGGGCCAACAUUCAUCUCAAAUCUUCAGUUUGAAGGAGAAAAUUGACAUCUUAAAGGCAGUAACAACACUUCAAAUUUGUAAUCAAGAGAUUCACAAUCUUGAAUUUAUCAAUUCUACAGUUGAUCAACUGCUAAAUCUCAUUAAACACACCACAGAGGAGGAUGGAAUAAAGGUUGGAGUGGAUUUGAAGUUGUUUGAUUGUUUGUGUGAUUUAAUUCAGUUCCCUGUUACUGACCAGGUUUACCAACUACUGACCCAGUUGUUAAAGUUAAUUCAUGAAAGAAUUGACUACUACAGUGUUCCCGAAUUAGUUAAACUCAUGGACUCACUCGCAUGCUCAAUUAAGCAUUUUUCAGGAUUGGACCUGGAGAUGAAUGAAACGUACGAAAAUCUACACCAAAAUCUGAUAAUCUUAAGGGAAAAUGCAGUUGAUAAAUUCAAUUUGAAGAGUAAUUUAGAAGAAGAUUUUAACUUGGAAACGAAAAAAAUAAUAAAUUUACUCAUAGUGUAACAUUAAUUUCAUAUUAUCUCACCUGUGCACUUGAAAUUGAAUCUACACUCAUGCCAAUUUUCAAUUUUAU